CCCGCAGCCGUCGCGGUCGCCUCUCCCAGGGCGGGGGGCGGGGUGGGGACCGCCGGGGCUGGGGGCGUGGAACCCGCGCAGCCCUGCCCCGCUGGCCGGGGAGAAGGACGAUGCGCGGCGCGCCCAGGACCCUGUGGGCACUGAGAUCCAACUCACACAUGCCUAUUUCCUGUAAUGGAUGAAUUUGAUGCUAAUGUGAGUUCCAAGGAGGGUUUUGGGUCAGUGGAGAAGGUCGUGCUGCUCACGUUUCUGUCAGCGGUUAUCCUGAUGGCCAUCUUGGGGAACCUGCUGGUGAUGGUGGCUGUGUGCAGGGACAGGCAGCUCAGGAAGAUAAAAACCAAUUAUUUCAUUGUCUCUCUUGCCUUCGUGGAUCUGCUGGUUUCGGUGCUGGUGAUGCCCUUUGGUGCCAUUGAGCUGGUUCAAGACAUCUGGAUCUAUGGGGAGAUGUUUUGCCUCGUUCGGACAUCUCUAGACGUCCUGCUCACGACGGCAUCAAUUUUUCACCUGUGCUGCAUUUCUCUGGAUCGGUAUUAUGCCAUCUGCUGCCAGCCUCUGGUCUAUAGGAACAAGAUGACCCCUCUGCGCAUCGCAUUAAUGCUGGGAGGCUGCUGGGUCAUCCCUAUGUUUAUCUCUUUUCUCCCUAUAAUGCAAGGCUGGAAUAAUAUUGGCAUCAUUGAUCUGGAGAGGAUAUCCAAGCCAAGGCUGGGCCAGGAUUUGCAUGUGAUAGAAAAAAGGAAGUUCAACCAGAACUCUAACUCUACGUACUGUAUCUUCAUGGUCAACAAGCCCUACGCCAUCACCUGCUCCGUGGUGGCCUUCUACAUCCCGUUUCUCCUCAUGGUGCUGGCCUAUUACCGCAUCUACGUCACAGCGAAGGAGCACGCCCAUCAGAUCCAGAUGUUACAACGGGCCGGGGCCUCCUCAGAAGGCAGGCCCCAGCCAGCUGACCAGCACAGCACUCAUCGCAUGAGGACAGAGACCAAAGCAGCCAAGACCCUGUGCAUCAUCAUGGGCUGCUUCUGCCUCUGCUGGGCACCAUUCUUUGUCACCAAUAUCGUGGAUCCUUUCAUAGACUACACCGUUCCUGGGCAGGUGUGGACCGCUUUCCUCUGGCUUGGCUACAUCAACUCUGGGUUGAACCCCUUUCUCUACGCCUUCUUGAAUAAGUCUUUUAGACGUGCCUUCCUCAUCAUCCUCUGCUGUGACGAUGAGCGCUACCGAAGACCCUCCAUCUUGGGCCAGACUGUCCCCUGUUCAACCACAACCAUUAAUGGAUCCACACACGUGCUAAGGUACACAGUUCUGCACAGUGGACACCACCAGGAACUUGAGAAACUGCCCAUACACAAUGACCCAGAAUCCUUGGAAUCAUGCUUCUGAUUGAGAACAUGGCUCAUGAUUAAGCCAUUCAUUCCCAUUCGUGUCUGCAUGAACAGGACACCCUGGCAUCUCUCCUGACCCUCAUCACCACCCGUGAGGCACGAGGCAGUGGGGCCAAGGGCCCAGGGAAAGUACAUGGAGCGCAGUGUGGGAGAGGACCCAAGGCCAGAAUAUGGAGGAUCUUGGAGUUGAGGAGGGACUUCAGGCAUCCCCAGAUCCAGCCUCCCAUCCAGUGCAGGAGUAGCAUCUUCCAUAGCAUCCCUGGAAGUCUGGUCAGUCUCUGCUUGCACACCUCCAGGGGUAGAGCUCACUACCUCCUACUGCAGUUCCUUCUAUUGUAGGGAAUUUUUAAUUGUAAGAAAGUUUUUCCCUUUCUUGGGACACAAUCCCGUCUCUGCUCCAUCUUGCAUUGGGGCCAAUGCAGUUAGCUCCCUAUCCCCUUUGAGAGCCUCUAGAUAUUGGGAGACGCUGAUCUGCCAUCUACGCACCCUUUUAAGUCUUUUCUCCAUUCUGACCACUUCCUGGACAUACUUUGGUGGGUGUAUUUAUCAAGGCUUUUGUAAUGAAAUCAAGUUGAUGCCAACGCCAAGAUGUCUGUCCAGAAGCACUACAGAGCUGACAAGUGAAACUUCAGUAUUUUCUGGUUGAUAGAUGUGAACAUUUGUCUUUUUUCUUGGGGAUAGUUCUGGAAACUGCUCAGGUUUUGAUUUUGGAUCCAUUAUCCAAAGGCAUCUUUACUGUUCGUCUAAUUUCUCUGUGUGCUUAAAGAUGACAUUUUUCUCAUCGGCAUACCGGGUCUGAGGUCAUGUGGAAUGAAGCUUGAUCCACUUUCCUUCCAUGACAUGGGAAAAGGAACGGCACCUUUACCGAAAACACUGCUGAAGGAUGGUCUUUGGCGAGGAAAUUAAGUUGCUCCAAUGAGACACAUUUCAGGGGUUUUCUGGGCCCUGUGCCAAGGCAGUGCUUGGUCUCGGGGCAGGCAUUUUGCUCACUGGGGCAAAGACAUAAUCACAGACCACUACUUUCUGGGGAAAAUUCACUGGCCCCCUGCCUGUGAAGCUGCUGGGGUUCCAUUUUUCCACAUCUUUUUAAGCAUCUCACUUCCUCCAAGCUCCUUAGGAGAUGCUGCCUUGAUCUCAAAGUUACCGGCAAAUCAUUUCGUCUUGGGGCGAAUUAUCUCCCCAGGUUGAAACUCUUGAGGGCAUAUUUUUUCUGGUAGCCUUUCUUUUGACUGCUGAUAAAAAUGCUAUUGCGAAGAUGGAUUGCUGGUCCUUAGGGACCCAGCCCAGCAAAAAGGCAAUGUGGGUGCUGGGUGGUGGGGGAGGUUACGAAAUAUAGAUGGGCCCAAAGUUUCUAGCCUCACCAGUUCUCCUUGCCCUUGUGUUGGAUCUGUUGACCCCAUUUUCCUUCCUAAGUCAUCCCAGAAGCCACAACUGCCUCCUUAUCACCUGUUUUAUCUGUGGAAGGAGAACCCACUGGCUCUCCCCCUUCUCUCUGUCCUCAGAAAUAAUGGGAAGGAUGAUCAGACACUCCACUUUUUGUACUGCAAGUCCCAAAUCCCAGGAAUGCUCUCAGUUCCAGGCAAAGGAGGCCGGCCGGUCACCCCACAUAGGGACCCUCCCAGAGAAGAUUAACAGGCCGCCUCAUAGCUGCAUUUUCUCUCUAUACUUUUUCAUGGAAAAGGCAGAGCUGAGUGAAUUCAGGUGUCCAGUUCUUCCCAGGCUGUGUAAAUGAGGUCUCUGAUCUCAAAGCACAAAGAACUUCUUAGGGAACAACUAAGAGAUCAUAAGAACCAGAUCAUCGUGAGGAGGAAUAGGUUUAGUGCUUUGUGGCAACUGGUAAGCUUUUCUCUCUUAAGUCGACAGUACCUGCUACUGCCUACGUAGACGCACACACAUGAGCAUACAUCCAGUAGGAUUGGUUCCCUACGAAAUGCUUCUUUUCCCAGGAGCUUGGCAAGCUUAUCUACCAGUGUAAACCAUGAUUUCUCGGAGGUAAGUCUACCAUAUCAAUGGUAACUUGGAUUCAACAGGGACCCACAGAGGACAGUGCGCGUGGAAAAAUGAGAACUUCCCAUAUCCUCAAGCCAUCACCUUCUGGACUCUCGGGACAUGUUUCUGUGGGUCAGCACCUGAUUGGUGUCUGCAGAGGUCAUGAGCACCCUGGACCCAUGAAACAGCAGCGACUGAGGAAACGGAAGCCCUUGCCAUCAUCAAGAAGAUGGUCUCUUUUGUGGAGAAGGUCUCUUCUUCGCUGUGGCUUUGGACCGAGGCUGGGAUGACGUGGCGAUGCACCCAAUAGCCACGUUGGAAGUUUAUAGGACAGGAGCAGAGGGGCUUUGUCUGGACAGCUGCCAGCCGGGCAUUUCUGAGAGGUCUGGCUUCCCAGAGUCCCAGUAAGAGAGCACGCGUAUGGAAGACUGAGAAGGAGGAGACGUAGAGUUUGUCCAAGGAAGGAGGAGACUCAUUCUGCUAUCUUCUCGGAGAAGACCACCCUCUUCCAGGAAGCCCCAGGUGUCAAGAAGAGAUGCUUCCAGGGAGGGGGGCGUACGCCUCGGGCCACACCUGCCACACCAGCCUGGACAAUCACAGGGGUGACAGUUGCUGCCACCAGACAACCCCACACGUGGGAUCGAGGAGCUACAGCUGUGCUUCUUCUUAACUUGACUCUCCAGCUCACAGACCUGGGCAGGUAGAAGCCCUGAACUCCCCAUCCAGCUCCUGGUCUGCAGCUGGAAAGCAAAAGAAAUGCUCCAAACCAUCUUCUUCAACUGACUCCCAAGUAUGUGCUUGUGGACGAACCCGUUCUUCCUGGAUUUCACCUUCUCAUCUCACCCCCAUUUCCACUUCACACUGCUCGCUUGCUCUGUCCUGGAGCGAGCUGCUGUCCACCUGGGAGAUGGGGGGCGGGAGUGGGCUGUGGGUGGGCGAGGGAGGGGAUCCAGGGAGGGACUGCGCGUGGCUGUAACAAACCUGCCUUCAAUAUUGUCUUCAAGGAAGAACGAAGUAAUGUUUUCUUGGUGCUGUGCUGUCUGCCCGUUUUUCUCCUUGGUGUUGCAUUUCUUUCCGGGGAGAAAGCAGUGUUGCUUUUGACUUUCUGUUACUCUGCUGUGCUCUGGUCAACGUCCUUCCUUGUAACAGCUGGUCUUGUGGGUGGAAAAGAUUAAUACACUUAACUUUUCUAGCUGUAAUCUGCAAUCUCUUCUUCAUUCAGUCUAGAAAAAAGGCUGAGUGUAUGGCUUAAAUUUUAACAAAUCAGGGAUGCUCUUGAAGGCCUGGGUUUGGGUUGGCGUUCGGCUCUAGACUUGAACCAGCUCGUGCCUUGCUUGUCUCACCCACAAAACAAAGAAACUCUCUGAGCUGGUAGGACUGUUGGGAGUGUUCCAACAGACAUCCAAGGGCCCCCGUUAGGAUUAUUCCCAAAAGUGUGUCCUGCCUAAUAUUGCGAUUUACUUAAUAUUUUUCAUAGAAGUCAAUUCAAGUUUUCACUUAGAUAAACAUUUUAGAGGGAAACAUUAUAUUGAUCCCAGAAUAGAAAAUCAGCAUUACUUGCCAUAAAUAGAAAGCAGCCACAGAGGUAAAUAAAUGAAAACAAAACAAGGUUUUUAAGUUCUAACUUGAGCCCAGUGCUCAUGUGUUUAAAAGGGAAUUGAGUGCUGGACGACUUGGUGGGAAGGGGGGUGCCAUGCCCCACCCGACAAGGGGCUCCUGAAGCUGGGAAGGGCUGUGAGGAUUUUGGAGGGGAACUUCCAAACUUUCUGCAUGAAUGCGGUUAAUCACUAGUGGAAUUAGAUACCUUUUGAAACCAGAGAGAGAGGGAAGACGAAACUGGUGAUAUUUUUAAUUGCUAUUAUAUUUGAUUCAGAUGGCCUCUCCUUUCCCUUCCUCCUUUUUUUUUUUUUUUAAGUUCACCCCCGAACAUAUCUAAGUUAAUAAUAAUAAUAAUUGUAAUAAUAAUGUAGCAAUAAUAAGAGAAGCUAACAUUUAAUGACCUCCUUUCUGGUAGGCACUGUGGUAAAUGCUUUACGUAGAUUAUCUUAAUCCUCAUAAAAUCCUUACAAAGUAAGUACCCAAAUCUCUCCCACUUAGCCGCAGAGCGGACCUCAGCUGAGAGGUCUAGCCCAGGCCCCAGGGCGGGAAGGGUGUGUUUGGAGUGUGGCCGCAGGGGGUGUGAUGGCCAAGCCCGCAGUCCUAAUCGAGGGCACACGGGGCUGAGCUCACUCCGCUCUCUCGUGGAGGGCACGGUGCUGGGAGAGAGCGUGAGCAAGCAGGGGUGGCCCUGCCCUCCUGUUGCCUAGGAAGUGCCCUUCUGCUUCAGCCUGGGGCCCAGACAGGAAUCCGGGACGCGCCUGUUCCAGUGUGCAGCCCUGCCCCACACUUGCUCUAGUGUCCUCUUUGGCUCUCUUUCACCCCCGUGAGCCUCUCUUUGGGUCUUUAAACAAGGGAGGAAUGCAGUAGAUGAUUAAUGGGGAGGAAAGGCCCUCCUGCACGGAUCCUUCCUACUCUCUCCAGUAUUCAGCUGGCAGGCUACUGAGUAGCCAGCAGCACACCCUGAGGAUGGACUGUGUGAGCCCGAGCGAGCGCUGUCUUGUAUCCCAGAGCCUACCUGGGGUGCACAGGUGAGGAGUGGCUCUAGCGGAGGGUAACUUCACUUUGCCACACUUUGUUCGUGGUUGGAACCUGGAACACUAUCUGGCUAGGCUCUUCUGUCCCAGGAGCUCACCACUGCGGGCACUUUGUAGUUUGUUUUCCUGAUGAGGUCCCUGGGCCUCUCACAGUAGCCUGCAGGGAGGGAUUACUGACAGCUUAUUCUAGAAAAGGAAGCCCACAUUGUCAGGGAAGUUGAUUUGCCCAAGGACACAGGAGUCAGGACCGAAACACUGCAGGUCACUCCAUUCUACCAGAGUGCUUUCCUCCUCUUCUUUAAAUUUUUUUCCAAAUAUACAAAUUAUCUAUUUUUAGACGACAUAAAUGAUGGGUUAUAUAAUGGGUUAGGUUACACAGAUAAUGUAUUAACACAGUCUGUCCCCACGAUACAAAGUUCUAACUAUGGGUAGAGCAAAACACCCCUUGACUCCAGCUUAAUCCCACUCCCCUCCAGGGAAGUAUGUGCUCUUCUACCAAUACUGCAUCCUAGCUCCAUAUGUCUAAAUGGAUGGAUAAAAAUAUAUGGUCUCAUUUUGUUCUUAUAUAUAAGUAACGCUCUAGAGUAUCACCUGCAACCUGCCUUUUUCAACUACACCAUCAAUGCCAUUUUGGAUCAACACGUGGGACUCUUCGUCGUUUGAGGCCACACAGCAGAUGCUGUCUGCCGUGCGGAGUUGUUUCUCCUCUGGUCUGGCUGUAUACCGGGUCCGAGCGGGGCACGUGGGGCCCACAUCGGAAAAUCAGCAGCCUCCAUUUUUCUGGGACUGUGCUAACCAGGUGAAGGGCGGCCAAAGUAGGUUAGCGUUUAUGGGGCAGGUGCCCUGUGGAGAAGGCCCAUCCUACCUGGGUCUCUGCUGGCUUCCCAGCCCCCCUUCAAGGGACUGAGACCCUCUUCUCCAGGGGCACAGGCCCUGCAGGCUGACUGACAGCAUCCUGCUUCUGCUGGUUCCCUGAUGCGUGCCUUUGACAAGGUAUUUAGCUUGCUCAACCCUGAUUUCCCCAGUGGUAAAGCAGGGACGGAAUGAUCAGUCACACUAAUAAAGGGUUAGUAUGAGGAUGUACGCAAAGUACUUGGUAAAACUUUUUUUUUUUUUUAAGAUUUUAUUUAUUUGACACAGAGAGAAAUCACAAGUAGGCAGAGAGGCAGGCAGAGAGAGAGGGGAGAAAGCAGGUUCCCUGCAGAGCAGAGAGCCCGACGUGGGGCUCGAUCCCAGGACUCUGGGAUCAUGACCUGAGCCGAAGGCAGAGGCUUUAACCCACUGAGCCACCCAGGUGCCCUCUUGGUAAAACUUUUUUAAAAAAAUAUCUAUUUGAGAGAAUGCACACAUUGGGUUUGGGGGAUGGGGAGGCAGAGACUCUAAGUAGACUCUCCCCACUGAGUGUGGAGCCCAACACAGGGGCUUGAUCUCACGAUCCUAAGAUCACCACCUGAGCUGAAAUCGAGUCGGCCACUCAACACUUGAAUCACCCAGGCUCCCAUGGAAACACUUUUAAAAAUGCUCUCAUGGUAUCAUUACUUCCUCUUAAUGGCCUCACCAGCUCUCUCUGCUUCCAACCAUCCUGGAACAGGGUGAAGGAACAGGAGGUGAUGGAAAGAGUAAUAGAAGCCCCUUUCCUAAUGAAGGGAAUUACAGCAGAGGCACUGUUUUGUCCCUUUGUGGCCCAUCUUCCAUUUUUGGAGGCUCACCCGCCCUGUGGGGUGGGCCCAUUAUUCCUUGUUACCGGUUCACAGCUGAGGAAACGGAGCCCCCAGAAUAGAGGCUACAGCCAUCCCCAGGUCACCCGGCAGUCACUGAGGAGUUAGGAUCUGAAUCCAGGUCUUGAGUCUCACAGUGCAGUCUCUGUAGGAGAUGUGGGCCUGCUGCGCCCUCCAGAGGUCAUUCCGGUCACAGCUGGCGGCAUCCUAAGAGACGAGUAUCUCCCUGACAUUAAUUCAGUCAUCCGUCUGCAACAGUUCUUACGUGACAGACGCUGCACUGCAGAUUGGUGACAUGCCAUUGCAUGGCUGGAUGGGAUAACUCUGUUCUCGGUGGCAGGUGUGGGCAAGCACACGGCAGCCUGGGAGCCAAGUCCUCCAGCCUGCAGGCACAGUCUCUACUUCUUAAAGUGGUUGGGAAACAAAAGAUAUUUUGUGACAUGUGGAAAUUAUGUGCAAUUUAAAUUUGUGUCCAUAAAUAAAGUUGGAUCGUAACACGGCCACGUCCGUUUGUUGAAGUACCUCUGUGGCUGCACUCCCACUCCCAGCCGCCGAGGGACGGCCACUGGGGAGCUGGAAGUAACAUGCUCUCUGGCCCCCGACAGCAAGUGGGCCGACCCCUGCUGUGCGGCAAUGGCUGUGCAGCCGUUCAUUCUGCACACACUGACCAAAUGCCUCCUACAGGAGUCUUCUUCCAAGUUCACGGUUUUGUUUCUCAGAUGUUCUGGUCUGGACACCUUCGCAAUGAUUUUAGAGCUCCCUGCUGU